CGCGCGUCGACUAGUAAUAACAGAAUAGUUCGUUCGCUCGUUUUCUGGAUUCUCCUCUCUCUACUCUGUCUUCUUCUUCCUCUAUAUCUCACCGGGAAGAUCUCCGGCGAACUCACUUGACAUCCCGCUUUCCUUCCUGAAGCACCUUUACUCUGCUUCCUCGUUCUGUUCUCGAUCAAGAAAACCUAGAAUUUCCGCAUAGGGUGCUAGGUUCUCCAUGGGGGAAUUGAAAAUGGAGGAUGUUACGCUCCCGGCGCUCUUCGAGCAAGCUCGGAAGAUCCAUUCGUCUGCCACGGAGUCCAGUGCUGAUCAGGAGGAGCUGAGAAGAGGGUGCGAGGCACUGGAGAAGUGCGAGGAGAUGGCCGGCAAGCUGGGGUUGUUCUCCGCUAAUGAGACCAAAGAAGAUAUCAGCACCACCAAUCUGAAAUAUAUUCUGGUGCCAUUUUACCUUGCUGAGCUGACUGAGAAAAUUGCUCAGGAUGAUAGGAUUCCAAUACUGAGAGCCUCCCAAGCAAAGUUAAAGGAAUUCAUUGCGUUCUGUGAGGUAAUGGAACUUGCACCCGUGGAGGAGCUGCAGGCAUCAUUGCAAGGAGGUCCAAAUUCAGUUGUGGAUCGUAGGGCUCAAAAGAUUGCUAGGUUCAAGCGCCAAAAAGCUGCUGAGGCGAAGUUGCUGGAAAUAAUGGAGCGGAAAGAGAGACGUGGUCGUUCAACUAAGGCUUCUGCAUUGUCGACACCUGUUGAAGCUGGAGAAGAAGACCUGCUGGAUGAUGAUGGAGAAGAAGAAAGGGAGGCUUGGCUUACAACCAUAUCGCUGGCUAUCUGCAAGGCUCUUGAUCUAUUUGAAAUGUUGAAGAAAGAAGACGAGAUGCUUUCUGCUGUUAGAGAAAGACAAUUGAAGGAAGGAGAUACUGAGUUUUCUCAGGCAGUGCUUAAUGAACGAGCGAAGAAAGCAGAGUCAUGGCAUCGUGGUGCUGCCACUCGAGUGCAGUUUACAAAACCUUCCCCUCCAAUCACAUGUGCUACCUUUGCUCAAGAUGUACUAGAAGGACGAGCAACUGUUUCCCAGGCACACGAUCACAAGCACCAGCCCAUGAUAUUUGGGCCAGCAAGCCUCAUUAACUCGCGCCCAACAAACGAGAGAGAAAGGAUCGCUGCGCAGGUCUUCCAACCUGGUCACAGGUUGCCGACAAUGAGCAUAGAAGAUGCUGGGUUGGCAGAGAUGGAGAUCAUGAACAAAUGGCAAGAGAGAAAUGUUAAGAUGAUGGAAGAAGCCAACUCCGCCUGGUACAAGGACAACAACAUCGGGAAGCCGAGAUCAGGUGAAGAGGAAGAAGAUGAAGACGACGAUGAUGCAGUUGCACGGGCUAGAGCGUUUGACGAUUGGAAAGAUGAGAACCCUCGUGGUGCGGGCAACAAGAAGCUGACCCCUUGCGGCUGAUGUCGCUCACUCUCAAGUGUUCUUUUCUGUUCGCUGAAGAGAACAACGAUCCAUAAGCCUGGCUUAGAUGAUGUAAUGUAUCUUAUGAAAUUUUGAUGUGGCACCAUUGAUACCAAGUAUUCAUGUUUUAGAAACAAAGUUUUAAUCUCAGUACUCUUUACUUAUGUGUAAUCCUCCAAAACAGUUUAAUCUUAUCAUAAUAACUUUCUCAGUAUCACAACUUCGGGUGUCGCAUUUGAGUCUCCAUUAAAUUCUCUGCAUCUCUGUUCUUUAAUGCAGAGUUUGAAAGACCAGUAUGCAUGUAAGCAAUAAACUAUAUACACUAAAAUUCCACAGAAGAAGAAUAGUUCAGAAGGAUGAAUGAAGGAAUCCAUUUUAUGGAGAAAAAAACUAUGCAUUUGCAGCAACCCCCUAAAGAGGGAGAAAAAUCCCCUCCAUGAAACUGAAAAAAACCAGCUUCUUUUGUUCUUCCUUCUGGGAGAUCAAACAGUCCCUGUUUUCAUGUAUAUGCAUCUCUUCUUCCAAUGUAUACAAAGCUCAUGUGUACAGAAAAUGAUAAAAACAUUGAAUCAGGAUCCUUCCUCCUUUCUUCUUCUUCUUCUUCUUCUUCUUCUUCUUCAUUUUGAUUCAAUCUUUGAUCAUCUAUCCAUCAAUACAGGUGAACCCUCUGCAAACCCACAACCAGACGAAGAACAGAACAGCACAGAUCACCAAAUCCAACGUCAAAACCACCCACACAUGCUUCCUCCACAUCUGCUUCGCCUUCUGCCUGCUCUCCAGCAUGUAAAGCCCGCCGCUUUUCGGCGACAUCGCCACCGAGAACUCUCUAGCAUGGUUUCGCCCACCACCAUCAACACUCCUAUUCUCACCCAUCAACACGCCGCCACCACCAUUCAUCAUCAUCUUGCCGCCAUGAUCGCUCAUCCCUCCGCAGCUCAAGCCGCUCCCGUCUUUCCCCCUGCGAUGGCCGCCGCCGCUGCUGCUCUUAUCCUCCAUUCCCCCAAUAGAGCAAACCCCAGACGACCUUUUCUUUUUCUUCUUCAGCAACGGCACCGUCUUCUCCUUCGUCGAGUCCAUGCUAGGGUUCCGGCUGUCUUUCGACGUGGUCUCCGUCAGGGAAUCCAUUCCCAGGUCCAAAUCCAGAGCCAGGAUUUCCCGGAACUGGGGGGAGAACUCCGCCUGGAAGCAGAGGGAGGUUAGAUUCUCCAAAUCCCUAACGGAAUUCGACGCGAUGAGCUCCAAGAAGGAGAUUUUAACCCGGUCGAUGAACCAGGAGGACUCCAGCUUCGCGAGAUCGUGGUGGUAGACGGCGAAGUAGACGAAAGGGUCGUCGAUGAGGAAGGUGUAGGUCUUCUUCUUGGCGGUUUGUGAGAAGGUCGUGUGGUGCGGCGGCGGCGCGAUCCCGAUGCAUUUGUGGGCGAUCUCCUCGAUCCCCGGCUCCGCCGUCGGGGAGGCGAACUCGGCGAGGAUUGUGGAUCCUUUGGCAAUGCAAGCGUAGAGGAUCAGAUCUGGGUUCGAAAUCAUUUGAACCCCUGUUUUUCUUCCGAUUCCCUGAUAGAACUGAAUUCGAUCAAGAUAUUACCCGCCAAAAUUGGCGGCGGCGGCGGCGGUGGGGAUAGAGGAAGGGAUUGAAUUUGAAACGGACGGGAAGCGAUCAGGCAUUUGAAGCAGAGGGAUGGGAGGGAGAAGGGAAAGGAAGGGAUUGAUUAGGGAACCAGAUAUUGAUCGAAGAAGUUUUCGGGUUCCCGGGAAAAAUGGAUUCUUUUCUCAACCAUGAAUUUCUGUUUGAACUGUGCAGAUAAGCAUUUUGAUUCCUUUUUUCUUCUUCCUCUGUUUUAUCUGUUUCUUCUUCUUCUUCUUUUCCCCCUCUUUCCUUCUCUCUCUCUCUAGAAAUGGAGUCGAGAGGAAGAAAGGGAGAGGGACAGGGGGAAAGGGAAAUGGGGGUUUGGGUUUUGAUCAAACCAACUGUUUAACGGCUUCCCAUUUUGUUAGCUCAAAC